AUGGCGGUCCACCCGGCAAGUCCGGUCGUAUUGAAACAUGUUCUCCUCUCAGAGAUUCUAGCCGUUACAUCUGCAAUGCGCAAAAACUCACGCUGGGCGACCUCUACAUUAGUUGUAGCGGCACGGGAUUCGCCCGCGUUGGGGACAAAUAUGGGGCUGAGGAUAUCCUCACCGGCCCAUCAAACUCGUCUUUCGGGGAGAGGUGCAAGAGAGGCAGAACUAAUGGCGGGCUUCAUUGAGCUGAAGAGGGGCGUCAAAGAUAUUCAAGAUAUUCGCAAGGCCGACCUUACAGACUUGCUUGCUCCAUUCUUCGCUAUCCUUCGGUCACCCCUCUCUACAGGACCUAUCACAUCUGCUGCACUUUCAGCUCUGCAUAGUUUCUUCGUAUGCGGCCUGAUCUUUCCCGAGGCUAGCAUGUUGGAGGCGACCUUGAUCGAGCUCAGCAGCACAAUUUCUCAUUGCAAAUUUGAAGCCAGCGACUCAUCUGGAGAUGAAGUUGUGCUGCUCAAGAUCAUGACCGUUAUUCAAGAUUGCCUUUGUGGCUCCGUUGGUUCAGGGUUGGGCGAUAUCGAAGUUUGCGAGAUGCUGGAGACUGUAUUGACUACCUGCUGCCAGAUGAGGCUGAGUGAGACCUUACGGCGGUCAGCCGAAACAACGAUGCAUACCCUCGUUCGAACCGUCUUCAGAAAACUCCAUACACUUGAUCCAGUCGAAGAAGAGGCCAAGCUUGUCAUAGUUUCCGAAGAUGACCAGGCUGAAGGAGAACUCAGAAUGACUGUUACUACCCAAGAAGAGGAGAAAACUGAACAAAGUACUGUCGAAGGGGAAACAUUGGCGGAGAACGCUGCUGCUAACCAGCCAGAGACUGUCGAGGAAAAGCCUGUACCUCAAACGCCACUAUCACCGGGUAACAGGCCAGAAUAUGGCCUUCCUUCGAUACUUGAACUUUUACGAGUACUCGUAAAUGUCCUCGACCCUAACGACCAGCAACACACAGACUCAACUCGUCUGACCGCGCUUGGUAUUUUGAAUUCUGCUUUCGAGGAAUCUGGAUUUUCCAUCUCCAAAUUCACGUCCUUGAAAGCCAUUGUUAUUGAUCCUGGUUGCAAGUUCCUCUUCCAGCUUGCCCGCUCCGAGAACAACAAUAUUCUUCACUGGGCGCUGCGUACGAUAUCCACGAUUUUCAAAACUAUGCGCCCAAGCUUGAAACUGCAGCAAGAGCUUUUCUUGACUUUCACAAUCGAUAGAUUAGUCCCACCACCUUCACCAGGGAAAGGCAAUCCGGCAUCGAUGGCUGCUUCAAGGUCUCGUGGGUACUCCCCAUCUCCUCGGCCCGGAACACCCGCCACGCACAGUAGCCCAUUGUUAAUGGCAGCCGACAAAGCAGAAUCCGAAACGGCACCAUCUCCUGCACGCCUUAUGGUUCCUCCAGCACGCGGAGAAACACGCGAUUUAAUGUUGGAAACAUUGAGUCAGAUAGCUGGGCACCCCAGCUUCAUGGUCGACUUAUAUACCAACUAUGAUUGUGAUACUAACUGUGAAAAUUUGUUCGAACGGCUCAUCGAGUUCUCCACCAAGGGUGUAUAUCCAUCACAUUCCCCGGGCAGCUUGGACUCUCAAAGGAAUGCCCAGUACAUCUGCUUGGAGUUACUCCUUUCCUUUGUCAAUGACAUGGCAACCCGUGCUGGUGAUGAACAGUCAAGUCUAGUUUGGCCAUCGGAUUUUCCGGCUAUAGAUUCACUUCUCCAAGUGAAGUCCAAGAAGCAGCUCAUCCUGACAGGUGCGGCUCGCUUUAACGCGAAACCCAAAACUGGGCUUGCAUUCUUAGAAGAAAACAAGAUCAUAUAUGCAAAUCCUGAAAUGGCGAAAGCACGGAGUCUGGCCAUAUUCCUCAAAGGGUGUACAAGGAUUGACAAACGCUUGCUUGGAGAUUUUAUCUCGAAGCCAGACAACCUCGAUCUCCUCAGAGAAUUCGUUUGCCUCUUCAAUUUCAAAGAUAAACCUGUUGCCGAAGCCAUGCGCGAACUUCUGGAGGCAUUUAGACUCCCAGGCGAAUCCCAACAGAUUGCUCGCAUCACAGAAACUUUCGCUGCCAUUUACUUUGCCUCUGGUCCUGCCGAAAUCAAGUCUGAGGAUGCAACUCAUGUUCUGGCCUAUUCCAUCAUCAUGCUAAAUACAGAUCAACACAAUCCUCAGAUCAGAAAAAGGAUGACAAUCGACGAUUAUAAGCGGAAUUUGAGAGGAGUAAACGAUGGAUCUGAUUUCUCCUCGGAGUUCCUGCAAAACAUCUAUGAUUCGAUCCGCAAACGAGAGAUUGUCAUGCCGGAAGAACACAUUGGGCAAUUGGGAUUCGAGUAUGCAUGGAAGGAACUCCUUACGCGCUCACGACAGACCGGGGAAUACAUGAUUUGCAAUACAUCAGCAUUCGACGUCGAGAUGUUCAAGGCAGUCUGGCGUCCCGUGAUAUCUGCGAUCGCAUAUGCUUUUAUCAGCUUCGAAGACGACUACAUCAUUCAACGAGCAAUUGCUGGCUUCAGACAGUGCGCCACACUCGCUGGCCACUUUAGGUUGCCAGACGUCUUCGAUUUUGUUGUCGUCUCUUUGUCACAGGCCACUACGUUGCUGUCAGACUCCCUCCCUGCUCAGGUCCCAAACUAUCCGAUCAUCGACAUAGAGGGACAAACCAUCACUGUUUCCAGGCUGUCCGUCGAGUUCGGUACCAACUUCAGGGGCCAACUUGCCGCUGUAGUGCUGUUCAACAUUCUGAAUGGCAAUGGGAAUGCUCUGAGGGAAGGUUGGACUCAGAUCUUUGAAAUGUUCCAAAAUCUCUUUCUCCAUUCCCUACUCCCCACUCGAAUGCUUCAAAUGGAAGAUUUCCUUGGAGGAGUAACGAUGAUCCCUCUUCGCGGAAGUCAACCUGCGAAGGCCCAAGUCAGAAAUGAUGGAGGGCUACUGUCCGCUUUAUCUUCUUAUUUGAUGACACCAUACAAUUCUGAUAUGUCCGUCCCGGAUGCAACCGAUGCAGAUGUGGAGAGUACUCUGUCAACCAUCGACUGCAUUACCUCGUGCCGUUUAGAUGAGCUCUACAGUCAAAUCAUCCAACUCGAGCCUGAUGCACUUGUAGCCGCCAUUCGUGCAUUGGAAGCUCUUGCACAUGAAAGAACAGUUGCCGAACUCAAGAUACAUUCCGAAGAGGCGAUACCGCCCAUCGAAGACGAGGAUCAUCAACUGCCCUAUGACCCAGCUUCGGUCUUCCUGCUUGAAAUUAUGGUCAGUAUCACCAGCCAAACCCCGCAAUAUAUCGAGGAACUUUGGCCAAUCGUCUUUGAGCAUUUGUCCGCCCUCCUCUCUUCCUCGACACAAUACAGCAUACUUCUCGUCGAACGAGCUGUCGUUUGCUUGCUAAGAUUAUGUCAAAUCCUGGCACAAAAGCCAUUAUUGCGAGAUCAAAUUUAUGUGGCUUUCGAUCUCCUAGCAGGAUUGCCGUCAAGCGUUUCGAACCUGGUCGGAGAACAAGUUAUAGCUGGACUUAUAUUGGUCAUCCAGAAACACAAAAACAUCAUUCGGUCACAAACAGAAUGGAACCUCGUGUUCGCCUUGAUUCGUUCUACAAUGCCGCAUCCGGAGGCCGCACGCAUGUCGUUUGAGCUUAUCGAGGCCCUUGCUCCGGAAGGCCCUGAUAAUUCAGUUUUCCCUGAUAAUUUGUCAGGGUUAUUAACCGUGCUUGACGACUUCGCAACUGUAGCAGGGAUUGUACAAGAGCAACAACAGCACCGAGGACGGCGUGCAGAACCUUUAUCUUCGAUAAACUCUCCGAUUAUCAGUCGUGGAAAGAAAGCGGUCGAUUUGCUUCCCCUCCUCCACAAGCAAUUGUCGUCAUGGCUGCAAACCUCGCAGAUUGCAGAUGCCCAAGCAUGGAAAACCAUGGCACUCCCUCUUUUCAGCAUUCUUGGCCGUCAAUCCGUCAACGCUGCAAGGGAAAUCCGACACAAUGCGAUCAGUCAUUUACAGCGCAUACUUCUUGGGUCUCCCCUUUUGGACGAGGCGGAACAGAAGAGAGUCGAAGAGGUUUUCAAUCGCGUGGUAUUCCCUCUAGUAGAUGAGCUUUUGAAACCACAAGUGGCCCACAAGGACCCUCAUGGUAUGGCAGAAACGCGGCUCCGAGGGUCUGCCCUGUUGUGCAAAGUCUUUAUGCACCUCGAACUGCGGGAAAGUAGGGUCAAAACAGACUUCAGACUGCUAUGGAUCCAGGUGCUCGACCUUUUGGAUCGUCUUAUGCACGUUAAUCGAGGAGACCAACUCUACGAGGCGGUGCCGGAGUCGCUGAAAAACAUCCUUCUGGUCAUGAAUGCGGUUGGCAUCCUGGUACCACCUGGUUCUGGUCAAGAUGAGCUGCAGAAAACACUCUGGUUAAAUACCCAUGAACGGAUGGAGCGCUUCCUUCCUGGAUUUUUGACGGAUGUCAUCCCACUGCCUUCUAAUCCUGUGACCCCAUUGACCGCCGAUUAA